AUUUAGCCACAUUGGAAUAGUUAGCGCGUUUGAUAACAGUUUUGUAGCAGUAAGAGUCAGUGAGCGAGCGCGGUCCGCAUGCUGCCCCCAGGCGGCUGAACUUGGUCACUGCAAGCGAGCCAACCUGUAUACCCCCCUCCUCUGACUUCUCGGAUCUCAUUCUCUAGAAGAUGGCGGACUGCGUUUCCCUGUUAGAUGAGGAGCUCUCUUCCUUUGUCUUCAAUUACCUGACAGAAAACUCUGGAAGCCAGUAUGGGGAGGAGGAGGUCUGCUCGGACCGCCUGGACACCGACUUCCCCGACUUCGACCUCUCUCAGCUGGAUGCCAGCGACUUUGACUCGGUGAACUGCCUAAGUGAGCUGCACUGGUGCAAUGACCAGUCAGACAGCUCCCCCACCUCCAUCCAGUACAGCGCAGGGGACCCCGAACUUUUUGAGAUAGAAGAAGAGAAUGCGGCACUGCUUGCUGCUCUCACAGACAGCCUGGACGGCAUGGUGGAAGACGGGGUGGGGGGGCUGUCUGUGUUCCCCUCGCUGGGGGAAGACCCAGAGGAGGAGGAAGAGGCGGAGGAGGAAGAUGACCUCCCAUUGGACAGUGAGCCAUUCCUAGGCUCGUUGAGCCCAGAGACUGAAGACACGUCUCUACUGAAAAAGCUCCUGCUGUCGCCCCCAAAUGUGCCUGUGGGUCUGGACUCACACAGAGAGAGCAGCGUGCUCCGCAAGACACAGCACUAUAGGCCUGCACGGCCUGUCCUGAAGAGUGAGAGGAUGUGUCCAGCAGACAGAAAGCCAAGAGUGGUCAGGCCUGCCGGCCGUCUCUGCACUGAACUGCACCGCCACCUGACCACCACCCAGGAGGCUGAGACUGAGGAGACACCCUCGGCCGACACUGAGGAAGAAGAGGAAGAUGAAGAGGAGGAUGAGGAAGAGGACAGUGACUCUGAGGAGGAGGAGGAAGAAGAGGAAGAGUCGGGAUCCAGCAGCGAGGUGGAGAGCACGGCGUGCCUUGAGCCGCCCAAGCCUCAGUUCACCUCUGAAAAAGAGCUGCACUCAGUUGUGGAGCUGAUCAAAUACAUGCACACAUACUGUCUGCCCACACGCAAGCAGGCCAGCUGGGACCGCAAAGAGCGUGAGGCACGCAGGGCCAAGGCCGAUAACCCCCCAGCACACCGCAGUGGACCUUCCAACUGCCCCAAACCUGCUGCCCAACCCAUCCCACCUGCAGCCAACAACAAUGGAACCAAGUCCAGAAAUCCCUUCGCCCGCAUGAGGGAAAUCAAAGCCCAUUCGCUGCUCAAGGAGAUGCUCGAGACUGUAACCUCCUUUGACGUGAGCAAGCCUUACAGACUAAACAGCCCACCCUACAGCCACAGCAGAGGGGCUGCUGCAGCCCCUCUUCAGCCCAAAGUCGAGCCCAAAGAGGCCAGCGGCGAGGGCUCGCAGGGGCUUGCCAGCAAACGGCCCAAAAGCCCGGAGCCCGAGGAGGAGGGUUCAUUUUCCGUUCGCCGUUCCCGCCGCCUAGCCUCCUUUCCCAGCCGCUACGCCAAAAAGCCACGACCAAGCCGCUCAGAGCCUACUGGACACUCCAGCGAGGAGGAGGAGGGCUUAGUGAAACACCCUCCUGUGUGUCCUGCUGGUGACAGCACCCAGAAGAUGAACCCGCAGAAGACCCCCGAAACCCCUAACCCCUGCUGCACUGACGAGAAACGCGCCUGCCUCUGUCUGCCGCUGACUCCCAAAUCAACAGGAGACACCCAGUAUGCCAACAGACCCUUUGAGCAGACUCUCUGCGUGGAACUGUGUGGCACAGCAGGACUCACUCCCCCCACCACACCCCCCCAUAAGCCAGUGGAGGAGGAGCUCUUCAAGCCUGAAGGUAAAGUCGAGCCUCCCGGUAAAGGUCCGUGCCCAGCACGGGCUCAUUUACGGAAGCUUCCGGAGCAGACGGAGCUGUAUGCACAGCUGAGGCGCAUGGGCCAAGCGGGCGAGGGGGAGUCCAAACGUGCUUAUGGGGACCACGACUACUGCAUGCUGAACCUAGGCCAUAGCUGCAAGAGGCCUGCAGAGAGUCAGGACAGAGAGGAGGAGAUGAAAGACAGGCAGGAGCAGAAUUCAGAGAGCAAGAGAGGGGGGCAGCAGGCCCACUUGCCCCCAGCCUUUCCCCCACAUGACCUGGAGGAGAUGGGACAGCCCUCACCCGCCUGUUCUCCAACUCCAGAGGCAGACGCCCAAUCACCAGACUCCUGCCAGCCACCCUCACCUUGCCACCAGCUCACCCUCAGUUGUGAGAGCUCUGAGGCAUGCCACCGAGACAAGCAGAGGAAUAACACUAAACAUGAACAAGAGGAUGGGGAUAAGUGCCAAGUGUUCUACAUUCACAACCUGCCGAGCAGUGUCACACAAGCCAUGCUGCGCAAGCGCUUUGAAGCCUUCGGCAACCCUGAGGACUGCCAAGUGCUCGUCAAGAAUGAAGAGCGCUGUGGAGUCGUCACCUUUAGGCAGAAUGAGCUGAGUCCGAAGCACAGGCGGGACUCUGUGGGUCAGCAUGUCGGGAAUGGUGGCCGGAGGUUCGGCAGAAAACGCUACAUAGAUCUGGAUGAGGCGGGACCAGGCCCAGUGAAGAGCAAGUAUGACGCUCUGGACUUUGACACUCUCCUUAAAGAGGCCCAGAGGAGUCUGCAUCGCUGACACGCCUUACAGAGCGCGCCCUGUCCCGCAGCGCCUCCCCACCUCAGCAGAGACUCCACCUCAUGUUUACAUUUUGAACAUUUGGAAUCAGUUAAAAAAAAAAAAAAAAAAAGAAAGAAAGAAAUAAUGGACCUCGUCUCUUCUUACUGAGGACGUAAGGCCGCUGGGGCUUGAGGAUGGAAUCGAGAAAUGAAACAACAGAAAGAGCCGCGAGUACGGCAGACCUCCCUGGCGCACGUUCACGAGGCGGCCGCCGCUGACUCAGAGCGGCCCGGGCUUCUGUAGCAAACCCUUGCUCUCUCUCUUUGUCUCUCUCUUCUCUCUCGGUUUGGUCGUCGUGAUGUGUGUAUGCGUGCGUGUUGUUUUUUUCUUUUUAGUUUUUUUGGUAACCCUUUGUCACUUUUUUUCGGUGGAACUGCAACUUUCACCGUUUUGUCGUACAAGUAUAUAAACUAAACAAUAAUUAGUCAACCUUUGUGGAUGUUCAACUGUGUGUUACAAAAAAAGCAGAGAAAAAAAACACAAAAAAAAAAUCCUGAAAACGCAGAGUUUACAAAUCAAAAAGGAAAGGAAAAAAACUUUGUCUUUUUUUUAAUUGUAAUUUUAGUGCUUCCUUAUUUCAUCUAUGCACUCAAACGAGGUAGUAGCUUGUGGUUUCUCGCUCUCCCCUCUUCUGGCUGGGUUCUGCUGCUGGCUGCCACAGAUUAACAAGCAAUGAUCCAACCAGUUUAGCUGCACUAUCCAUAUUUACCCCUGAAUGAUAUUGCCAUCGAAUAUACAUCUGGUUUGAGAUGUGAGCGAAAUGCACUUGGUGUCCCAUUUAGACUGAAAAUCUGAACAUUUACCAGAAAGAUGAGGACUGGGUUUAUGUUUUUAUGUUGUUUCUGAGUGGAAUGUAUCCCUCAACAGAUCUGAAUGUAGUCUGCCCUGUCGAUCUGUCUUGGUUUGAAAGGUUUUUUUGAAACCUAGUGUGACUCAUCCAGCAGCACAGCCCAUCAAGUUAGCAGGCGUGUCCUUGCAUGGCCCUUAGCUGUUGGAGGUUAGCGUUGCUAGCCUAUGAGAGAAGGGCGGUGGAAAUCUGGGAGGAUGAUAUUUCCAAAGCUCAAUCUCCCGAGAGAUACCUGCGUAUCUCUACUUUGUUUACAUCUCCCUCUCUCAUAAUCUCUCUUUUUCUACUCCUGUCUCAUAGGGGAAAGUCUGCGGGUUUUUUUCUAGCUCUUGCCUCGUAGUAUCAAACUCUGAUUGUUCUCUGUGUGUUUUUUGCAGUCUAAAAGUAUAUCCAAGCGUGCUGUCUCUGUCUUUUGUCGGGUCCCAGGUUGGGCUUGGCCCCUGAAGCGUGCUGGAAGUAGAAGUCUUUUCGCUCCGGCCUUCGCGUUUGGUUUUUUUUUCCAUUGGGGAUCAUUGACCUCAGCCUGUGGAUCCUGUACAGUGGAGCUGUGUGUGUGUGCGUGUGUUUUUUGUGCGUAUGUAUGUGUUUCUUAUGCAUUAUCCCUGCCUCUCCCCUUUUAUCCGAUCGCCUCCUCAGCAACACAACAGGAAACUGAAUGUUUACAUCACUAAAAUCCUCCUUUGACUUUGUUCGAGCGCACACUAAGUACAACACGCCUUAUUCAGUGUUAAGGCUAACCCAGUCAGGACGUGCCUUCUCGGCCUACCCUCCUAGGGCACUGGACGCUGAUCUACACGCUCACUUCGGACACAGCGAGCGCCGUGUCAUCUACAAUAAAAAAGGAAAGAAAAAACAUCCCACGCAGGUCCUGAAAAAACCUGAACGAGUGUUUGUGCUUAGUAUGUAUACUACUAACGUGGGAGAAUGUGCUGGUUUACAUAAAUCUAUAUAGAUCUAUAUAUAUAUGUAGGUAUAUAUUGUGUACAUAGCACUGUGUCUAAUGUAAACAUGAGAGCGACGUGUUCACGUGUUUUCAAAAGCUGGCGUGUCUAUUAGGGCAAAAGUGAAGCAAUGAUGCAAUUUGUCUGGUAAGCAAGGUUGAGCAAUACAGGGAGGUGCAGAAGGGAAUUUUCUAUGGAUGUGGCUUCAUAAGUCAAAAGAAAAAAACUUGUAAAAAGUAUCCCUUUAGAAGAAAAAAUCUUUUCUGUUUUUAAUUAUUGUAAUUAAGUAAUUUCUCUUAUGUUUUUGAGCAGAAUCGAUGCAAUACAUAUUAUCUAAGAGAGCCUUUUAUUGAAGAAGUUGGUCUAAAGUUAUUUGGAGCAAUCCUUGAAACGAGAUAUUGUACUGCUAGAUACAGUGAAAAACAGUGAACUACUGGAAGAAUAAGUGGUAUAUACACCUCGAAUAGCAACUGUCCAAGACAUAAUCCAUAAACGGAGCUGUAAGCACUGAAGUAUGCUUGAGGUUGGGGGUUUUCUGUCAAAACUCUAUAUAGUAUUGCCACUUUCUACUGGUACUCACGUGGACAACACUUGACUGAAUCCACCUGCACUGUCGUGCGGUAUUAGUGGAUGAGUACGAACUGUGACGUGUGACAAGCAGUGUGUAUGUGUAUGUAUGUGUAUGUUUGCGUGCACUUGUAGACCUGCUGAAUCCUGCGCUGGGUCACUCAACGGGUCUUAUGAGAAAAUAAACUGACAGCCCAAUCUCACGAGGAGAGCCUUAAAAACAAAAGGGGGAAACAGCUAUCUAGCUUUUAAUAAUAAUGUCUGCUGUCCUUUAAAACUCCAAUCUGUUUUCUUAAGUAAACUUUUUCAAUACAGCCAUAUUAUGAAAGGUGUAUACAGUAUAUACAUAUAUGAAUAUAUAUGUAUUUGGGUUUGUGUAGAUAAAUAUAUAUAGAUGAUAUAUACAUUAUAUAUAAAUAUAUAUAGAUGAUAUAAUUUCUUAUGAAGAUCUUUGACACUUUUGUUCAGCGUUUGAAAGCACUUCAGUACAUUUCAGCAUUCAACAUCAGUUUAGAAUGUACAGACUGAGAUAAUCCAAAUUAAAGGAAAAAAAAAAACAAAAAAACUUCCAAAGGGAACCCUCUUCAAAAUGCAAUACACCUUCAUUUCAGCAAUCGCUAUAUGAGAGAAGUUGACCAAAAAAAAGAUACAUUUAAUGUUUGUACAGGAAUAAGUGCAGUAGCACAUCAACUCAAUUCAUUUCACGAAUGAAUGUUGUGAUCAGCCUUGUUUGUGUGGGAGCGAGUGUGUGUGGGUUAUUGGAGCGUGUAUGUGUUCAUUGUUAUUGUAAUAAACGUAAAGGUAAAAGACAAAAACAACAAAAAAUACAAUACCACUUUAAAUCUUGUCACAUCUAUUACCCUAUCAGCUCAUCGUUCACAGAGUAUAUUGCAAUAUUGGAAAGAAUAUGCCCACUAAAUCACCAAUAAUCGUUGUAUUUGGGAUCUAUUUAUAUUGUCUGUGCUAUACCAUGAUCACAAAUAUCGAAAGUGCAGUCCCAUUUUGUGUCAUUUUGUUGCCAGAGCUUGGGCUAUCAGAAUCUCUGAUGUCUUUGUGUAUCCAUGAAGCCAGUGAUGGUCGUAGUCUUGCUGCUUCGAGACUUUGUCUUUGGUGGAAACAAAAUCAGCGUCAAAGGGCAUACAUUGAUUUCUUUUGUUGUUUCAAUUCAUUUGAUUUAUUUCGAGUCUUUACAUCUAAUGGCUAUGAAAUUCACUGAUUUUUUUUUUUUUCCUUUUUUAACUUAGUUUUUUUGGUAUUUGGUAAAUACGGCUAGUAAGAUUUUAUAUUUUUACAUAUAUUGGUUUUAUUUUGAGUUUGUUCUUUUUUAUUUAUAUGCCACUUAGCUUGGAUGUCUUUUAAUGGUGUUUUUUUUUUCUUUGUAUUGUGUGAUUUCAUAUGUCUUGAGAAUGGAGACAAAAUGCAUUUCAGUAUUUUUGAACUGUUAAAAUCUAGUUUCACAGAUUAUCUAUACAGUGGAAAUUAUCUGAUGUUAUAAAUUAUAUUUUAAUUCAUGUAAAUAGUUUAAAGAGAAAAGACGAUGGCUUCCUUUUAAAACUGAAUACAUUUCUCUUCUGAGAUUGUUUACAUUAUUAUUAAACUGUAGAAAUUGAUCCUCAUAUACUGUAAAAGGUACAUAUAUUCAUUGAUUUGCCUCCAGAAAAUAAAAGAAAAUCCUAAUGAACAACGUA